UCCUACACGUGAGGAGGGGGACCCGAGGGCGCGGACCUGCGGGUUACCCCGACCCUCCCCCUGCCCUGCCCCGCCCCGCCCCACCCCGCCCCCGGCGCACGCCGCCCCUCUGGCUGCCUCCUGUGCUCGGAGCCCCUGCUACCCUUCCUGGUCACGGGGGCUGAAAGAACACAGUUGUCCGGGCUUUUUGUCUGACCUUUAACCUAAGUGGGGAGGAUGUUGGGGCUUCUGAUCUUGGGCACGCGCGAUUGCGGUCGAUCGGGUGCACGCGGUGACCGUUGGCGGGGGUGGGGUAGCCGUGUCUCCGCGCUGCUUGGGGGAAAUGUCCGACAAACUGAGAAGGUGCAGGAAGGAGCUGGCUGCAGCCAUUGACCGGGCUUUUGAAGGCGUCUGCCAUUCCCAGGAGUGCGCAGGCCCGCAGAGGCCGCCGCUGCCCCUGCCCAUGCACAGGCUCCUCUGCAGGCGACACCCGCUGGCCGCCUGCUCCUCCGCGGCCGCUUUCACCGCUGUCCCGUGCGCUCCUGAGAGUGAGAGCCCUGCGCUUGCACCAACCCACGUGUCUCUCGGUGCAAAGCCACAUGCUUUAUGCCCCAAAAGAAAACCUCUGACCAGCAAGGAAAACGUGCUGAUGCAGACCUCCAUCUUGGCGCCUGAAAGACAGCUCUGGAGAGCAGCGGGAGACGGGGAGAACUGGAGAAAAGAGAGUUCAAGGAAGGAUGUGGAGAGAGAGUUGAAGGUUGACUCAAACAUGCCGCUCGGCAGCUCUAGCCACGAGGUCACAAAGGAUCUGCUUGAUAUGAUUGACCACACAAGCAUCCGGACUAUUGAAGAACUGGCUGGGAAGCUAGAAUUUGAGAAUGAGUUGAACCGUGUGUAUGGACGCUGCCAAGACUCGCCCUUCAAGGAGGAGGCCUGGGCCCUGCUCGUGGACGAGAGCCCCGAGAAGGCCGCGGGCGCCGCGGGCAGCCUCAGGCAGGCCUUCGACGAGCAGAGCAUUGUGCAGACCGUUCUGGACUUGGAAGAGGACUACAACCUGAUGACGCAUUUUAAAUACCAGGUGGAGUGAGGAAGCUGCAGCAGGCCGCGGUGCCCACCGGGCAUCGGCACAGCCUGAGCCCCACCGCCUUUGCACCGCGCCCUGUGGCUUUCGACACUUGAUCUUAGCCAAAGGGCCGAGGAGCGCUUCUGUGCGCCUUUCUGAGCUGAGUGCCUGGUUUUCAUAUUGUUACUUUGAAAUGUUUCUUACUGUUAAUUUUUUUGGACUUUUCUUGCCAUCUUGAAAGUGUGUUUUUUUGUUUUUGUUUUUGUGUUCAAUAUACCCAGCACCCACGUA